UUACGGUCGAUAAACUUCUCGUCGAAUUAGGGCGCAUGCCUCCUUUUAUCCGAAUAUCAGGUGCAUCGACAUGGCGGACAGCGAAUUUGAAGAAUUUCGUCGAGUAUUCGAUAAACUACCACAACAUAUAAAGGCACCUACGCCUUUUUAUUCGUUAGUCCCGAAUGUUGGUUUGGAAGAUGAAUCGCCUUCCUCCAAGAGUGAGGCCUCUCAAGAAGAAGAAAAUGCGGACACUGAAACAGCAAAUACACAAACAGAUGUAUCUCCUAUUAAUCAAACGGAUAUAACAGACGCACAACGUAGCCCACACCAUCAGUUCGCGAAUGGGGAACGAAGGAGAAGAAAAUUGCCUGAAAUACCCAAAACCAGAAAAUCCUUAAUGUCUUCAAGUCAACCGUCUUCGUUAGCUGAUGAAUUAGGAGCCUUAACUGGAGUCAUUAUACGACCAGGGUGUCAAGGGCGGCCCCUAUUAGUUCUUAAAUGUGGAUACCUUCUUGAUGAAGACUCCAGUCCAGACUCCGAAAGAUUACAAAGUCUUGGGGAUGUCGACAGCGGACACAGUACCGCCCAUUCACCGAUCGAUACUGGCCCCAAGAGUCUUUCUCCUACUCCGCUACAACAAAAUGUGUCACCGACGUCUAGUUGUAGUAUCAGCGGAAUUAACUUUUCUGGUAACGUGACAACCGUUCCUCACAGCCAACUGGAAAUGUUAGAAGCGACGCACAGAGGUUUACACAAAUUUAAUCCUAGGCAUCAUGAUGAAAUUGAAGUAGAAAUAGGUGAUCCUAUAUAUGUACAGAAAGAAGCUGAGGAUUUAUGGUGUGAAGGAGUUAACUUGCGAACAGGUCAACAAGGCAUUUUUCCCUCUGCUUAUGCCGUUGAUAUGGACUAUAACGAUUUCGAUCCUGCAAAUGCAAAAAUCAAGAGGGAAAGAUACUUAUUAGGUUACAUGGGGUCAGUGGAAACAUUAGCACAUAAAGGUACUGGUGUUGUUUGCCAAGCAGUAAAAAAGAUAGUCGGUGACAACAAUGGAGAUCCAGGUGCACAAGCGUGUAUUUUAGAAGUCUCAGAUCAGGGUCUUCGCAUGGUCGAUCGUUCCAAGCCGGAUAGAAGUCGAAGUGGUCCCUGCAUUGAUUACUUUUAUUCCCUUAAGAACGUAUCUUUUUGUGCGUUCCAUCCUCGUGAUCACCGAUAUUUAGGUUUCAUCACAAAGCAUCCAACGUUACAAAGAUUUGCUUGCCACGUGUUUAGAGGAACAGAAUCUACUAGACCAGUUGCAGAAGCUGUGGGACGGGCAUUCCAGCGUUUUUAUCAGAAAUUCAUAGAAACUGCAUAUCCAAUCGAAGACAUCUAUAUAGAGUAAAACUCUAAUUAAUUGAUAGUAAUGUAUUUAAAUGUGAUUUUCACAGACUCUUAGCGCAACAUUUAAGCCUUUAAAUUAUUCCAAAUAAUUAAUUAAUCAGACACACAAUCACAGUUACUAUUUUUCAUAUUAAAUGAUUAUAAUAGCAAGUUCUUGAUAGAAAUGUAGCUCUAGAAAUGAUUUCAAUUACUAAUUUAAUCAUAUUGUGAAGGUGUCAUCUACAUACCGUUUAUAUAUUAAAGGUCUUAUAGGUUUCCCCCGUUGUCGCUGACAUAUUCAUGGAGGGCUUCGAGGUGCGAGCCCUUUGCUCUCCUCCUCUAAGACCUUUAAUAAUUUAAUCAUAAUUAAGAAGAAUUGACAGUUUACAUUUAAUACAUUUUCUAGAUAACAAGUGUACAUACCAGCAUUCUCAACAUAGAAAUUCAGAUUUGAAAUGUAUAAAUAAGAAUUUGUGUAUAAAAUCACAUUCGCAAAAACAAAAGAUUCGCUAAGUGGCUGUGAGAGCAUUAAAUAAACUUUUAAUACCAGCAAUCAUUAUAGAAGAAUAGAUUAGUUGGCUGACAUAUUAUUUAAACUAGUGUACCUUAUUGGCUACUAUUUUAUUCAGAAUUAACUUAAUCUCUCUAUGCAACGGUUUGCUUUCAGAUAUCGUUUAAAAUUUCGAUCAGUAUUCAUUAAUUAUUUAUAUAAAAAAAUGAGAAGCAACUUAUGCUUUAGCAAACCGUGGCUAGAUCGAUUGGAAAGCUACUAAGAAAGUUAAUCAGUUAAGAAUUGUCUCAUUAUCUUGUAAGCGCUAGCAACUGUGUAUUUGUCAUCUUACCUUAUGCGAAAUAAAAAACACCGCCUCGCUUGUGUUGCGCCUUGUAUACAUGAUAAUCGUAUUUAUUAAUUUAACUACAAAAAAAUAUACUGAAUGUGACAACUAGAUUUUAUUUUAAGUUUUUUUUAUUAAUAAAUGUUAAAUCUGUGUUGAUUUUGAAAAUAUAAUGAAAUGAAUUUAAAUGGGAAAUCAACAAUGAACAGAAAUAUCAAUUUAGAAUAAGAAAAUAAAAUGUAAACUUAAACAAUAAGUAAAUGUAACAUUCCCGGACGAGGUGAUUGCAAAAUAAAUAGUCAAAUACUGUGAUAUAAACAGUUUCUGAUACACUUACGAAUUGAUAGAAAAAUGUUAGAAAUAUCUAAAAAAUAUUUUUAAAUACAUAGUGUAUCACAGUCAUGUGAUGUUCUUAGAAUAAAAUUCAGAAAUUAUUAUCAACAUUACGCAAUUCACUUUAACAAAACUUUACUAAAAUUGUAAAUACUUGUUAUUUUUGUUACAUUUAUAAUGUAGUUGAAGGUAACAUUGUCAUUUUAUUUUAAUGAAUUUUCAAAUGUUUUGAUAUUUUCAGAGGAUACAUAUUUUUUAAAAGGGAAUAAUUUAAUACUACCGUAUUUUAUAGUAGAUUUCUAACAUUUUAAGUAUUUCUUAUUCUUGGAUGAAUUUCGCUGAUAAUUUUUUUUAUUUUUAUUCUGAUUUAUGAUUUUGUAAUAUAAUUUUUAAUUGUUUUAUUUUAAACAAACAACUUUUAUUGUUCUAACCUCACCAAAAAAACUGCAUUAUAAAUGUAAUUUAUUUGUAAAUAUGCCAAAGCAAAAAACUUCAAUCAAAAUAUUGUAGUCAUCAAAUAAAAGAUGAUGCUGUGACUAAAAAGAAAAUAAAUAUAAUGUUAUUUAUUUUUCCAAAACUGUAACAUCGUAUCUACGUAAGUCAUUAAAUUAUAUUAUGUGGACUGA